UCUAGUCUUGAAUCUUUCUUCUUCCUUCCAAUCUAACAAUCAAUUUUUAUACAUUUUUUUUUAUUUGAUAAAUAGUCAAAUGGAUCCAUCUAGUGAACGAGGCGGUUAUUUUAGCACAGGAACACCAAAUAAUGAUCGAACAACAACAACAACACCAACAACAACAAUGGAUACAGUAGCGAUGCCUAGCUCAGAAUUACCUCCUUUAUUGAAUUCAACAACAACCGGUGAAAACACAGCUUCAACAUUGAACACGACAACACAAGCAAAAGCAGCAAGUCAUUCUUUUGAUUCUUUACAUAAAAUGGAUAUUGCACCACGUGCUUAUCUUGAUCAAACUGUGGUACCUACUCUCUUGGAAGGAAUGAAACAACUAGUAUCUGAAAGGCCGGCUGAUCCAUUGGCUUUUCUUGGUCAAUUUUUAUUAGAGAGAUCAUCAAGUAACAAUUCAAAACAAUAAAACUUAUAUAUAUCUAUAUAUA